UCAUCCUUGUCGGCAUGUUUACAUUUCCCCUUGCCUGCGGUCUCUUUAUCAUGGGUUUGUUCCGCCUCUAGUAUAAAGUGAGUGAGUGUGGGUUUCUUGCACACACAUACUGCACACAUGCAGGGUGCUCAGGAUGACACGGACGAGUACAGUGUUGAGCAUUUUCGUCUUGUUUCUUCACACCACUUUUGGCGAAAGUGGUUGCACCUCAGUAGAUGGUGAUGGGACUUUUGGAGAUGAUGAACCAGACAAUUUUGACAUCAACUGCUUCAGCCAGUUGGAAUUUAAGGAUUCCUAUAGCAGCCUGACCUGCAAUUUUAUCGAGCUGCCUCCUGACAACACUAACUAUACUCUGGCCCUGUGUAACAAGGAAGACAGUAAUUACGUGUGCUUCAAUAUGGAGAAACGGGAAGAUGCGUAUUUCUUACAAUUCACUGAUAUACUCUCAAAUAAAGACAUUUGCAUGGACUCUGAGACCAAGAGAAGGGUCUGCAGGAGUCUGGUUGUCACUGACAUGGUUAAGCCUGAAGUACCAUUCAAUGUAAAUAUCACAUACCAAAAGGAGGCAAAUGAAUAUCUCAUUCAUUAUAGCACACCACACUCAUGGAAGAAAUACUUACAGGACAAGUUGAUACAUCAAAUAGCCUAUCGGCAGGAAGAAGGCACUUGGAAGACAAUAGAGUCACCAUAUCUUCAGGUAAAAUUACUGGGGAAAAACCUCGAAAAUGAUGCAUCAUAUGAGGUGAAAGUACGUUCACAACCAAAUGGAGAUUUUUUUAAGGGCACGUGGAGUGAAUGGAGUGCUUCCAAGAGCUUCAGGACCACAAGGGAGCAGAACUUCAUGGAGAGCUACAGUAACGUGGUCCUGGUUAUACUCUCCAUCCUAGGAUUCAUGCUGUCUGUUGUCAUGAUUGUCCUGAUUGGAACUUUUUGGGAAAACAGGAUCAAGCCUGCUGUGUGGCCAAACCUUCCUGAUCAUAAAAAAACGCUGGAGCAACUGUGCAAGAAGCCAAAAAAUAAUUUUGAUAUAAGCUUUAACCCAGAGAAUUUUGGUUACGUUCAUAUCCAUAAAGUGGAUGACAUUCAAGCAAAAACUGAACAAGAAACUUUUCUGCCACCGUCAAAUGCGCCAGAGACAAACCUUCCUGGAAAAUUUAGGAGUGGAUCAGACCUGAAGAUGAUCCCUGCGAUGACAGACAAAAGCAAUCCAAACCUGCCUGUGACUUACGGAGGAAUCUGGCCAAGUGAAGCCCUGCACAGGCUCCUGGGCACGAGCCAGACUGCAGUCACUGAAGGAAACUGCAGCUCCAGCACAUACGAGGUGUGCCACAGCAGUGGGGUGCCCCUGCACGACAAUGGUUUCAACCAUUCUUCUGCUCCUUCCUCAGAUCCCUCUGUCCAGCCUGGACCAGAGCCCCUAAAUGGUGACACCAUAUCCCAAAUGCUGCCAACUGGUGAAAUGAGGUCACCGAACAACGAGGAAGCCUAUGUCACAAUGUCUAGCUUCUACAAAAUUCAGUAAACCUUACAAGAAUGACAGCGCAGCAUUUUUUCUUGAACACAGGCAGGACACUGACCCCUUCUGUUUUCUUAUGUCCUGUGUCAGUGGGUUCCCACCUCCACCAUUGCACUCUGCUCGCAGUGCAAGGCCAUACCUGCAAGGAAGCAGGUUCUCCCACCCUUCAGUGAUAAGUGGCCUAACUUCUAGCUCUCAGUAUACCAGUAGCAAUCUCCACUGCAAGAGAAAUGAAAAUCAAUUCAAUCUGAUUUUAAUCUUCAGAUCUGAUUAAUCCAGAGCAAUGACACUGCACUUCCCAGCUGAGGAUCACAGCAUGACUUGUAAAAGUUAAUAAAUGCUUCUGUUAACCUCUUGGAUGCAGAAUUAAGCUCCUGCUAAUGCCUAAGCAAGAAAUACAGCAACAAAUUGAAGUUAAAUAGAAUGUAUUAUCUUCCAAACAGCGGUAGGGCAAGAGUAAUUCCUUUGCAGUCAGUGGAAGUCCAAGUUUGCAAAAUGUCAGUAAAAGAUUGUUGCUAUCAAGCAUUAAUAGCCUGAGGAUUCAGGCACUUGGUCACCACAAAGGGAUUUUGCUGAGCUCCCAGGAAAAAGGACACAUGGACUCACUUCAAGAAGAUGUUUUCUCAGACUAUUUUUGGUUUUGUUGUGAGACAAAAUAAAAUAAAGCAAAACCCUGCCACUACUUUUUGCUCUUGGUGAAGAUCUGCCUCUGAGCCAAUUUUACGAUCCACAGGUACUUCUGCUAUUGCUAUAUAGUGAAUAUCUUCAGUAUUUCAUGUACUAUUAAUGUUUAGGUAGGAAAACAAAACAAAACUGAUGUCUCUUCCUACAAAGUGAAUUGGGGCUGUAAGAUGCAUGAUGAUGUCUUUUUCUGCAGCUCUUAUGAAAGAUACAGUGCAGCAUGCAAGUUCUUUUGAAGACAGAAAGGCUGAGUGGGCAAUGUGUGUUUACUAGCAUUAUUCCCAAUAGUUGUGGCUGCAUGAGAAUACUUUGAGUUUGUCCAGGCAAUUUUCACAUGCAACAUCGGACCUAGGAAGAUGAAUCAAGUGUCAUGGAUCCUGCCAAUGAUCAGAAGAACCAUAUGGGUUUUUUAAAGUAGUUCGUAAAUUGCCUGGAAAUAGUUGUGUUUUUUUUAUUUCCACAUUAUGACAGAGGAAGACAUCCUGUCGCUUCCCAUUGACCUUUCUAUGGACUCUGUGCCCAGCUCUAAGGGACUCCCCAUGUGCUGCCACACAGAGAUGGCUGAACCACUUGGUCCUUCUGGGAUGCUGCACAUUACAGAGCAUGUGCUUGGAGAUAAAGCUGCUACAGCUGCAUGGUUGCACGACAGCCCCGUGAUGGGGCCAUGGGAAAUCCAAACCACUUUGCUGCGCUCUGGGAUUGGGGUUCACCUAACUGUGCAGUCUCAGUUCCUUCAGCUGCUUGAAAGUUCCCUUAAUUGAAAUGUAUUCCUGUUCCCAGAGUCUAUGUGUGAAAAGAGUCCUAUCUCAUCCUCAGAGCUGCUCAAAUUAGUUGUGACUGGUAAUAAUCACUGAGAUGUCGCUGCAUUUGAUGUAGCCUGCUGGAGAAAAACAACACUCCCGAGACAGCAGUCCUCCUUACCCAUCUCUGCCUGACACCAGGGAAACCUUCAAAUGGUGACAACCUUGCAGUCCCUGCGCGUAAAUGGGAUGAGAAUUUGGCUCAAGGCUUUCCAGUGACAUUUUAUAGCAUAGCUUUUAUUGCUGUUUCUCCCAAAUCAAAAAUUUAUUAAUGCAGCAGAAAAAUAUGAAUGUCCUGGACAUUUAUUUGCUUUAUAAUGCAUGUUUGUUUGUUUGUUUGUUUGUUUUAAAAAGAGCUGCUGUUAAUGCUUACACUGUGCUGACUCGCACAGUGCGACUGUAGAUGCAGACAGACUGUGCCGGAAAAACAUUGUCUUCCAGUAACACAGUGACAAACAAAAGGGGGAUAGAGGAAGAAGCAAAAGCACAGCAGAAAAAUCCUGUACAGUAUGUGCUAUGCUUGUUUUGAACUUAUACACACAAUUUUGAGGAUGAAAAGGGAUAUCACAAAGGUCUAUUUGCACUAUUUAAGCAGUAAGGUACCCAUUUGUAAUAGUCUUUCUGUUUGCUGAGGAAGAUAUACUACUCUUCAAUACAGGAAAUGUAGUAGAAACCUUAUGUUUACUCUUUAAUACAGGAAAAGUAUUAGAAACCUGAUGUUUAUUUAGUUUGAUUACUCUGGAAUAGUUAUAUUUUUCCUAUGCAGUACUCAUAUUUUUGCAUAGCUGCUAAUGUUUAAACAUCCAUUCUAUUUUCUAUGUCUUAUAUCUUAUUUAAAUAGAAGCAUGUAAUCUUGGUUUUAUAAAAUUUUUACUGUAUUAAAAGGACAUGGCUAUUUGUGUGACCUAUUUAUGCUGCUUAGUCUUCUAAAAUAUAUCUAUCAGAACAGGACUUAUUCUGCCCUCACUAGAAUUAGGAUAACUCCAUGGGCUCUACCUAGCUUCAAGCAGGAUAAAUUCCAAAUUAAUCCAGACAGCUCAGAGGUCUGAAAACACUGCAGGACAACAGCAAGCAUCACCUU